AAAAAAGAAAGGAAAGCGCGCCGCGCGCUUACGUCGGCAAGCGCGGCAAACGUACGAGGAAGAAGAAAGUCCGCGUGGGGGGCCAGUAGCCAGAUCACGUUCUUGCGGUGCGGUCGCAUCAUCUUUCACGUGCGCGAAGGUCCUGCCGAGGUGCGCAGUUUGCGUGGAUCGGACGAGGUUUACGAGGUUGAGUACCCGACGUCGACAGCAGCAGCAUUACUACAGGCAGGCAGCGAGCAUGGCCGAAGUCGAGCUGUCGGAGAAGUUUGCCCGUCGCGAGGCGAUCGAGAAGGGCGAGAUCAGCGACUUGAAAAUCAGCGCGGGCUUCAACCCCUACAUGGAGUUCUCGCGCAAGGAGAUCAAGGAGUACGAGAAACACUUCAAAAAGUUCGACCUGAACGGAGACCACGUGUUGGACUUCGAGGAGCUCAAGCGCAUGAUGGAGAUCCUGGGCGCCCCGCAGACCCAUCUGGCCCUCAAGCAGAUGAUCAAGGACGUCGACGAGGACUUUGACGGGACCAUCAACUUCAGAGAGUUCCUGCUGAUCUUCAAGAAGGCUCGCGACGGCGAGCUGUCCAUGGACUGCGGCCUGAGCGCCCUCGCGCGGCUCACCAGCAUCGACGUGGACGUGGCCGGGGUGGGCGGGGCCAAGGACUUCUUCGAGGCCAAGGCGAUGGAGCAGAGUCGGUCCAACAAGUUCGAAGACGAGAUCAAGCAGGAGCAGCUGGAGAAGAAGCUAGAGGAGGAGGAGCGCAAGAAGCGGCAGGCGGCCUUCAGGGAGAAGGCAAACUUCUUCAAGAACGCGGCCGCCACUUCGUAGGAGAGACGCCGUCGCCGCCGCGACGUGGCCUUUCGGAACCAAGCCAUCAAAGCCUGCAGUGGACCAAUGGAAUGGCAAGAUGCGCGAUGUCAAGCCCGCGUGUUUCAUUUUAGUAUCAAUCUUGAAAGAAACUAUUUUCUGAUGACUUAUUUCAUGAAGUAAUAUAUUUGAAGAAUCCUAUAAAUGUAAAUACCUAUACAUGUACAUAAAAAAGAAAAAAAGAAGCAAA